AUGGCAGCCCGUAAUCCUGGUCCGACUCUUCAGGCAGCACCCUUAGGACUACCUACUUUCCGGCGGAGGAACCUCAAAGACCAUAUGGCCAGAUUGGCCUUCAAGGAUUCCGAGGUGAACACCAGGGUCUACAAGGUAGUGUACGAGAAUCUCGGGGUAUUCGGCCGUAUCGAUGCCAACAAGAUGGUGGUGUGUGUUGCAUGCACCGACAUCAACUCGAAAGAUACACGCGGAUGA